UUUCUUAUGAUAAUUUGUAAACAUAACCAUAACUAAGAUCCAUGCGAAUCAUCAUCUGAUGAAUUAAAAUUAUUUUUUAAUUUUAAUAAACAAAAAAAAUGGGGGAAGGUAAUUUCGAAUUAAUUUGCCAAGGAGCUGAGGCCAGACUGUACAGAGGUACAUAUUUAGGAAAGACGACAUUGAAAAAAGAACGUUUUAAAAAAAAUUACAGACAUCCAGAUCUCGAUGACAGUUUGACUAAAGAUCGUAUUAAAAGUGAAGUACGUGCUAUUGUUCGUGCUAAAACUGCUGGUGUUGCUACUCCAGCAAUUUAUCUUGUUGACUUAACAAGGCGUAGUAUUUAUAUGGAAUAUAUAGAAAAUGCUAUAACACUUAAAAUUUAUAUAGAAAAAAUGAUCGAGCAAGACGAGGAUGAAAAAAUAUGGAUUGGAAAAAUUGGUAAAGCUCUGGGUUUACUAUUAGCUAAACUACAUUCUAAAAAUAUAAUCCACGGUGACUUAACAACAUCGAAUAUACUUAUAAAGAAUGUGGUAUUUGAUGACAGUAAUGAUUUUCAAAAAGAAAAUAUACAUGAUGAUUUAGUGGUAAUUGAUUUCGGAUUGGCACGUGUUGAUUCAACGGCUGAAGAUAAAGCUGUUGACUUAUAUGUACUUGAGCGGUCAUUACUGAGCUCUCACUCUCAAGUGCCUGAUUUAUUUUCAAAUAUUAUGACUAAUUAUCAAGUUGGCAUAGCGGAUAAAAAACAACGACGAGAAAUUAUAUCGAAGUACCAGCAAGUGAGAGCUCGCGGAAGAAAGCGUCUCAUGAUUGGUUAAGUUCAAUAAAUUUUAAACCAGUUAUUAAUUUUUUCUAAUGUAUAUGUAUAUUUUUAUGAAGUCUUUUUAAUAAAAAAGAAAAAAACAUGAUUCAAUGAUUUGAAAUUAUUUUCUUACAUAAAUCAAACUGCGUGAUCAGUCGACACAUGUGUAGAUAUAUUACAGUAGUUAAUAGUAGGCACAUUAACAAUGAUUUUAUAUAAUUUAUUUACAUUGUAGUGUAAUUUAAUUAAUUAUUAAAGUAAUUGAGCAUUAUUGUUAGUGAAUACUCAAUUUGUUCAUUGAUUCUUGAUUAUAUUUAAAUUUAUUUCUUCAGUCGAAAUGCAAACCAGAGUAAAUAAUUAUCCAAGUAACC